AUGCGCCGCUCUUCUCGGAAAUGCAAGUGUAGUGCGCAGUCCAGCUUCCCGUUCACCUCGAAGCAUUCACUCGCAUUGCACGGGUGCAAAGGCAAGGCGGUGGUGACGACAUGCAGUCACAUCUUCUGCCUCAAGUGUGCCAACGAUCUCUUCACCAGUGCGAGGGCCUGCCCAGCUUGCGAAACGCAGCUUACGGAACCGGACGAUGUGGUUGUAUCGAGCUUGCAGCCUAGUGCAGACUACAGAACGGUGAAGCUCUGGUGAUUCGCAGGAGUAUGUGGCGAGGGCGCUGACAUGAAUUCGAACGUUCGGCAGAGCGUCCUAGCAGGUCUCUCCCCGCAGAUCAUCAUGUAGGGGGCAAAGAAUACCCAGCCGGGAAAACGUGUGCAUGCGCAUUGCUGAAGAUCUUGUCCGUUGGUCUGCUCACUGAAGGGACAUCUGUACCCGAGCAAUGAGCUUCUAUCAGACAUCGCAAGAGGGAGCCUUCCAAGCCUUACUUCUCAAGAAUGUCCAAGAGCGCAACGGGGUGCUAGAGAAGCGCAUACAAACCGUCAUCUCCGAGGCGAAUGCCGAAGUAGCCUUGCUUUCCGAUCGACUCUCUCGCAUGGACGCUGACCUCAGCACGGAAAAGCGCAAGACACGGGAGCUCAGCGACUCGCUGCGCACCUCGGCUAAAGACUUUGCACGUCUUAAAAGCCAGCACGAUGCACAGCUUCGUCAAGGUCUGCGGCCCGGCCACAGCCAAGCUGCGAAGCUUCAGGAAGCUGCUGCCGCCGCCGCUGCGGCGAAUACUGCUUCAGCAACCACGACUGGCACCGGCAGCAAUCAGUCGCACAGCCAUACUCCAUUCUACGCUGGGCAAGUUGGGCAGGAGAGUCCAAAGCGCAUGUCGCCCAGACAGACAGUGCCUUUUUGGCAGUCGCAAGUAGCUGCAGCUUCGGUGGAAGCAAGAGGCCUAGAGGCAGAUGGGCCUCGUCGAUCGAACGAGCGACAAGACGCUGCUCAGGCCGUAUCUCGACGCACCAUCCAGCAUCCAGCAGCAAUGCAUGGUCAAACGCUCCACUCGGUCGCAGGAGCUCGCAACCCGACCCCAAAUUCAGCAGGCGCGCUCCACCAUUCCCGUUUUCAAGGCAAUACGUCGACCACGUCGACCCCGCAACGUCACACCAAGAUGACGAAGCACGCUUCAGCCGUCAGGGCCAUGCCAUUACCUCACACACGUCGCCCUCAGCUUCGCGAUGAAACGACGAACUCGGGCCGCGAUCAUGACAAUCCUUUCCGCUUCUCAGCCGUCUGAAACAGAUAUUCCUUGGUCCCCUCUCAAACAGGGCCCGUGUUCGGGCUCGCACACUAAGCAAAGGGCGAUGCCCCACCGAGCCUAAGCAUUCAGUGUACGCACCACACCUCUGCUCAUCCACGGCGAGGGUGACGAUGAUGAAGAUGAUCGAG